GUUUGGCAAGGAUUCUAUUGAUUUUAUUAAAGAAUCAAAAUAUAAGAGAAAAACUGAAAAGUUAUCAAUAGAGUACUUGACAAUAUUUACAAUUAAUGUUGUUAAAGAUACUAUGAAAUUUUGCUCUAUGUGCAAAGAAUCAGCAAUCGCAUGCACUGUGCGUAAAAUAUUGUAUAUUUCUGAAGUUUAUUUUGAUACGGAAUCAACUAUAACAGAAUUCUCAGAUAUGUCAAUAUUAUCGCAUUCAACUAUUCACGCACUAAAACAAAACGCUCGUCAAAAAGAUCCUAAAAAAGUGUAG